UAUGAGGAAGACCUCCUGAAUCAAUCUUUUUACUCAAAUAGCGUGAGAUUUGCCCAACGCCGUCUUAAACCCGCCAUGGUUGUAUUCCUGAAGCUCCCCUCUCCAUCCCUCGGCGAAACAAUCACCCUAUCGGUUCCGUUGGAAUCCGGCGCACGCUAGAUCGCAUUCCCAACUCUGAAAAACUCACCAGAUCCUUCCCCGCUCCACCAUUUUAUCAUCCAUCUCUCUACCUGCUUGUUCCCUUUCCGCGCUUAAGUCUCUCUUGAUCGAACCUCAUCUUGUCCGUGGACUGGAAAGCCCUAGUUCUUGCCAAGGAAAUGAGCAUGUGGUUGUUCCAGCAAUAGUCCGAUUCAUGGUGAUUGUUUUGUGAGUGGAGUAAUGAGAAGUCGUUUCGAGCGGACGCUGAAAGAGCUCUACUAUCGCACGGAAGGAUUUUGGAAGCGAAGGCAGGGAGAACUUUAUUUGGGAUAAAGGCCUGUAAACAUGUAUUUCCAGCCGUGGAAAAAAUUAUCUGUAAAUGACUAUUGGAAUGAAGAUUACGUCAGGAACACACAAUAUUUGUUCAGCUCUUUGCUCUUCAUGCAUGCAUGAUUUUCGUUCUUCGUCAUCCAUAGGUUCAUCCAGUGACAGUGGAUGCUCUGCUAAUAUUUUCUAUGGUGGAAAAGGCUGACAGUUGUUUUUCAGUUGUUAUGAAUGGAACAAUACGUUACAAAAGCAGGAAAUGUGAUGAUUCACAGAAUACAUCUAGUGAAACUAGUAACAUUUUAGCAGGCAUGAGUUCAAGUCAUAAUUCAUACUUCAAGAAUGAUGAAUGCAAAUCAACUCUGAAAGCCUCUGAAGCUCAUGAUUUUGAAGAUCUGGAAGUUACUAAAAAAGAGAAAUCUCUCCAGGAAAAAAAUUAUCAAGCUCAGUUUUCUGCAGAUCCCUCAGGCCAAGGUGAAGAGCAGCUUGGAUUAGAGUGUCAUGGGGAUAAUAUUUCAUGCAUUACUGGAGGAAUAGGUGCCAAUAUUUCGGAUUAUGGUGAUAAUUUAUACUUGGAUAAGAAAGACAUGAAUUCUGGUAAGGUUUUGACCAACAAUAAGAAUGAACCUUCUAUUUUGGAUGCUGUUGAAUGUUCUCUGGGGUCAUUUUCUUCUGUUAGUUCUACUGAGAGGAAACAUGCCACCCUUCUAAAUGUUGAAGGUUCUACUAUGAAUGAGGCUAGAAGUUGCUCAUCUUCUGAGAAAUCUAAGAUUGAUGAUGUAUGUCAAGAAAUUAGAACUAAUACAGAUCGUCAAAUAUCAUCUGAUAAUGUCUCUGAAAGUGGUGAUCUUAACAAGGCCCUUGUAAAAGAUAAUGCCUUGUUGGAUUUGGAAGCAAAAAACAAACAGGGAUAUAAUUUGCUACCUCUGGCAAAUACUGAGAUUGAAAAUUCUGAAAGUACAUUAUACGAUGUGAAAAUAUGUGAUAUUUGUGGGGAUGCAGGAAGAGAGGCCCUUCUUGCUAUUUGUAGCAGCUGCAGUGAUGGUGCAGAGCACACUUAUUGCAUGCGUGAAAAGUUGGAUGAGCUUCCCGGGGCUGACUGGCAGUGUGAAGAAUGCAAGAUCAAGGAGAUGGAAAUUCAUAAUGUGGAUAAAUCUGAGACAGUCUCUGAAGUAUCCAAACCAGCAUUUUUAUGUCAAAGUAUUCAAAACUCUGUCAGUACUUUGAUUCCAAAUAAGUUACCAAAUUUGGAUGAUCGAGGGCUGGCUAAGGGAUUGAAAAGCCCUAAGAUUUUGACUAGGAGUCAAGCGGACCAUGUAGAAGAAACAAAAGUUUCAAUCAAAAGCCAGAAAAUAAAAGUAAAAAAGGCAAACAUGGAAUCGUCUGAAGGUCGAUCUGUAAAUGGUUUUCAGGCUUUUCAUUACUCUCAUAAUUUUCUUAGCUCUGGUUCAUUGAAGGGUCGAUCACAGGCCCAUUCUCCAUAUUGUUAUUUUUCCAAGUCAGUUUCUUGCAACUCUAUCAUUAAUCAGAAUGUGAAAGAACUUGUCAAAAAUGAUCGUUACAAACAAGAAAUUGAAAGGGAAGCCAAGCGCUCCAAACUGAAAAAUGAAAAUGUGGUCAAAUCAAUAAAUAAAUCUACUUCCUUUAAAAGCUCCAGCUCUGGCUUCUCCAACACUGAGCCAGCAAGUAAAGAUAAGCCUUUUCAUCCCUCCAGCAUUGAAAAUCCAAGAGGACUAGAUGAGGUAAAAGAAAGAAUCACUUUUGAGAAGAAUCCUCCUGCUAUAUCUAAAACUUCUAUCAGUAAAUCAGCAGCUCUUGCCAGUAUUUAUCAUCUUAAGACAAAUAGAAGGUCUUCACAAAAAGAAGAGAAUUUAAGCAGUACCAUUGAAUCAAGUUGUCAGAGCAUAGCGAAAAGAUCAUACCAUGCAAAUCUCUCAGGUUGCAAGGAAAGAAAGAAACGUAUCUUACGUUCCUCUAAUAGCAUGGAAUUUUUUGAUGAAAAGUUCAACUCUGAAGAUUGUAAGGAAUUGAAAGAAUUUGUAAGGUCAGGUUUCAGUGCUGUUGAUGCUCUUCAACCCUCAGAAUCAGAUACUGAGGACAACAAACUCUGGGAUUCUGACAAGUUCAUUAGUCCAAGAUUAUCAUCUUCAGGUGGUAAUCAAACAUUACAUUUUCAAAAAUGCAACAAAACAGGGCAAGAAAUUCAACCAUGCUCUAGUGACGAACUUCAAGUAUCUGCUUACCAUCCUUCAGACGAACGAAGUUUAAGUGAGACGAAAAAGGGAAAGGAUUGUAUAGAUUUAGUGGAUGAAAGGAAUACAAACAAAAAAUCGCUCUCAGAAACAUCGCCAGGAGAAGCGUCCGCUUUGGCAAGCCGGUUAAGGGCCUUACCAAUUCCGAAGCUUGAAUUCAUAUGGCAAGGUAGUUUUAAUGUUCUGAGAUCUGAUAGAUGCGGACAAUUAUUUGAUGGAAUUCAAGCUCACUUAUCAACUUCUGCAUCUCGUAAAGUGCUUGAAAUAAUCAACGUCUUUCCUAACAAAAUUCAGUUGGAAGAGGUCUAUCAAACAAGUUUAUGGCCACUGCAGUUUCAAGGAAUUGUUCCUGAUGAAAAAAAUAUUGCUCUUUUUUUCUUUCCCAAAGACAAUGAGAGUUAUGAGAAGGUUUAUAGCAUUUUAUUGAUUGAGAUGCUUGAAACUGAUUUAGCUCUCAAAGGAAUGGUUGACGAGACUGAGCUUUUUAUAUUCACAUCUAAAAUGCUGCCUAAGCAUUCCCAACGGUGGAAUAUGUUAUAUUACCUCUGGGGGAUGUUCAUAGAUAAGAGGAAACAGUAUUUGCCUACUCAGAAGAUCCCUUUGUUUCUUAUGGACAACUCGUCUAGGAUGACGGCCAAACCAAUGGAUGUUAUUGAUAAUCCUGAGUUGCAGUUUUGCACGUUACAGUGGAGCUACAAAGUGAAUAUUGGUAUGGGUUGUCAGGAUAAAUUCUUUAACACUGGCAAAAACACAAAAUAUGGCGAGUCUUCUCAUUUCUCUGAUGCAGCGUCACGAAAUUGCAAUCCAGCUGAUGAAUGCAGCAAAAGUGAAUGCAAAAAGAGAAGGAAUCAGAUGACUUGUUUUAGCAUUGGAGGCAGUUUGGGACAAGAAAAUUUAAGUUCCAACAUUUUCAGCCAACAGCAGUGCACACAGAUUAUCAGCAGCCAACCUGCGAUACCUGAGAUCUCAAGAAUUGUAGAAAGAAAUUUCUUUCCAGUUCAUAUAGCUCCUUCGAUAAAUAACAAAUACCGAAACCCUGCACAUAUUACUUCAUCAACUGAUAAUUAUAACUCAGAAUCCUGUGCUCCUGAUCUUGAGCUAACUCUUGGAAAUAAGAGUAAAAUAAGAAAGCCUGCUCCAUUAUUACCUCUGCUGCCUCCAUUAGUUCCUUUUGGGAGUGGGGAUGGUGAUGAUUUAUCAGCUUUGCUCUCUCUGUAGCUUGUUUAUUCUGCACCAGAUUAGGAAGUCUCAGCCAAGAAGGUUUUGUUGAAAUACAGUAAUAGAGCCAUUGCCAUAUGUUCAUAGCCAAAUCCACAGUUCUCUGUUUCAUCUUUGAGCACUGCGUUUUACUUGCAGUUUCGAUGAUAGAGAGUUUAUAUAGUCCACAACGGCGUGAUGUAUAUAAGAGGAAGGCCGCAGUGUUAAAAAGUGAGUUUUUAGUAAACUUUGUUUUAUUUGUUUGGUUGUACUCAUAUUACUAUUUAGUAUAAAUACACCAAAUUGGUCUACUAUCACAAAAGUUUUC